UCAGACAGCAGAGGGAGGAGUAAACUGGGACGUUACCUAAAAACAGAUUUUCCCCUACGGCUAUUUCACUUAAGGAACUGACUUAAAAGCAGUGGGAGAUUUUGGGAAGUAAAGUUUAAUGACAGGGGACUGACUCGUGGACUAUUAACUUAUUUGUUUUAUUCUCAAAUUCUAGUUUAACUUUCACUUUUAAUCUCCUUCACAAGUAGCCCACAGUAAAGGUCAGUUUAAUUGUUUUUGGUUCGCUCCAGUGAACAACUUUAUGGAAGCAGAGCCUCUUCUUACUGGCAGCAUUAAUCGCAAUUCGGCUGACUACGGGUCCCCGGAAAAUGUUAACAUUGACCGGAGAUCCCCAAAGACGCGGCGGUUGUCUUAUUCAGUGGAUGAAGAGUCGUGUAAGGUAGAAGGCGAUGAAGAGGCGCUGUACGUGCAGCAGGCUGUGGUGUUCAUUGAAGAUGCCAUCCAGUACCGCUCCAUCAACCACAGGGUAGAUGCCAGCUCCCUGCAUCUGUACAGAUGGUACUAUUCCAGACUGUGCCAGUGGGGUCUGGGCGUGGCCAUCGCGGUGAUCCUGGCGCUGGCCUUUGUAGAGCGGCCCUCUUCGCUGUCCUUGUCCUCUGACCCCCGCGUCCGGCUCUCACCCUGGGAGCCCCCAUGUGGCCUGACGGAGGGCAUCGAGAUGGUCUGCCUGGCCAUCUUCACCCUCGACCUCGCCGUCAAGAGCUAUCUGAUUGGCUGGGAGGAGUUCCGGAAGAACAAGUGGCUUAUUGGCUACAUCGUGGUCAUCUCAGCAUCUGCAAUUGAUUGGAUGGUGUCUCUGAGCUUGAUCUGUGAUGAGAGUUUGAGAGUGAGGCGGCUGAUCCGUCCCUUCUUCCUCCUGCAAAACUCCUCCCUGAUGAAGAAGACCUUGAAGUGCAUCAAGAGAACACUGCCAGAAAUAGCCAGUGUGAUCUUGCUCCUGGCGCUCCACCUGUGUCUGUUCACCAUGAUAGGCAUGCUGCUGUUUGCUAAAAGAGAGGACCCAAAGGAAAAUGGAGAGUGGGAGGCCUACUUCAAAGACCUGCCCACCUCUCUGUCCUCUCUGUUAGUCCUCCUCACCACCGCCAACAACCCUGAUGUGAUGAUUCCAGCUUACUCUCUAAACCGAGGAUACUCCAUCUUCUUCAUCCUCUUCAGUGGAUUUGGAACCUACUUCCUGAUGAACUUACUGACUGCCAUCAUCUACAACCAGUUCAGAGGAUACCUGCUGAUGUCCGUGCAGGCGUCCAUCCUCAGGAGGAGGCUGGGCAUCCGGGGUGCCUUCACCGUGCUCAGCUGGCAGGGCUGCGGAGAGGAAGACACACACACUCCCCAACACACAGAGAGUGUGAGGGUGGAUGCUGUGCUGCAGGUCAUGUCCAGGGUCCAGAUGAAAGACUAUUACAAACAAGCCAUCAUCAGGGAAGUGAAGCAGUACUCUGAUGGUUUCCUCCAAUGGGAGGCAUUCAGGAAGUUGUUUGAUGAGCUUGACAAGGACCGUAUCAAAGAGCACCCAGCCAUGCCCCAGUAUAGCGCCCCCUGGAUUCAGAUGCUCCAGAGAGUGUUCAGUCAUCAUUAUAUCACCGUAUUGGGCAAUGGUAUGGCCCUGGCCAACGUCAUCUGUAUCUGCUCCAUCCUGGUACUGGAUUCAGAGAAGUCGAUCUCAGAGAGAGACGACUUCUACAUGGAGGUGAUCAACUGUUUCUUCAUCCUGUACUACCUGCUGGAGAUGUGUAUGAAGAUCCUAGCCUUGGGCUGGAAAGGCUACAUCUCCUACAGGAACAACAUCUUCGACGCCUUCCUGACGGUGCUCCUGCUGGGCCUCCAGAUCGCCAUCCUUGCCACCUACAGGCUUCCUUAUCCUAAGUGGAACCCCGAGUCGCGAGGCAUCAUGUCUCUGUGGGACAUGGUGCGUCUGGUCAACCUCCUCAUCGUGGUCCGUUUCCUCCGCAUCAUACCUGACAUCAAGCUCAUGGCCCUGGUAGCCAGUACCUUGGUGGACCUGGUGAAGAACCUGCGGGCGUUUGCUGGCAUCUUGGUGGUGGUGUACUAUGUGUUUGCUGUUCUGGGGAUCUGGCUGUUCAAAGGUGCCAUCUCAGCUCCAGGCCAAAUGAGUGACAUCUCUAACUCCAGCAUGGAGAACAUCACCACUAACUUCACCAUGGAAUGUGGCUCCUAUGAACAGUUGGGAUACUGGCCUAACAACUUUGACGACUUUGCCUCCUCCAUUGUACUUCUGUAUAACAUCAUGGUGGUCAACAACUGGCAGGUCUUUAUGGACGCCUACACCAGAUACACCACAGAGUGGUCCAAGGUCUACUUUGUAUCCUGGUGGCUCACCUCCUCAGUCAUGUGGGUCAACCUGUUUGUGGCUCUCAUUUUGGAGAACUUCAUAUUCAAGUGGGACCACAGUAAUACGUGCUCCGUGACUGACAUCGAGAGGACAGGAUAUGAGACCACAGUCCAGCUCAUGUUCAAAGACCACAUACAGGAGCCCACAGAAGAAGAACUGCUUAACCAGCUCCACCACCAUCCCCACCUCCACCUAAACUGGUGAUCCUGCGUCCCCACACCCUCUCUCAUAUAUCACAUGUGUCACAGCCGUCAUUUGACUGCCCAUGGAUGAAUAUUUCAGUACUUUCUAUGGCAUUUAGUGAAUAUUUAAGUUUUAAUUUAAAAGUAUUUCAUGGUGUGUAAAAAGGGAAAGGCUAGCUUGUGGUUGUGUAGAUGUCUCUUGUGGGGAUUCCCAGCUGUGCGCUGCCCUGAGGGGCCGCCAGCUAACUGUCUGCUUGCUCUCAAUGGCUGUCACUGAGAAAAAAUGAAAGAUUAAAAAAUAUGAGAUGUUUUACAUGUACAUAUAUAUAUAUAUUUAUAUGUAUAUAUAUAUAUAUUUAUAUGUAUAUAUAUAUAUAUAUAUAUGUGCCUGAUAACUACACUGGAGUAGCAGUUUUAUGUA